AGAAAGGCCGGCGCUCUGCGGGCUGGGAAGCGGGGCGCUCGGCCGCCCCGGGCCCCUGCAGACGGAAGCCCGCUCUGACGUCUCGCCGGGACACUGGGUUCCCUAGGAGCGGCCCCAAGCUUAAUAAUUGUCCAGAAGGCAGCUAUAAAGGGAGCCUGGGAGGCUGAGUGGAGGAGGGAGCGGAAAAAAGACAACUCAGCAGAUCUGGGCACUGAGAGAGCUGAAAGCAGGAGCUUGGUCAGAGGCUGUGAGUCCUGCCUGGCGGGAUCUGCUCCUUUUUACCAUGGCAGGCCAAGGCUACGGCUAUUACCGCGCUGUGAUCUUCUCAGCCAUGUUUGGGGGCUACAGCCUGUACUACUUCAACCGCAAGACCUUCUCCUUUGUCAUGCCAGCAUUGGUGGAAGAGAUCCCUUUGGACAAGGAUGAUUUGGGACUCAUCACCAGCAGCCAGUCGGCAGCCUAUGCCAUCAGCAAGUUUGUGAGCGGAGUGCUGUCCGACCAGAUGAGUGCUCGUUGGCUGUUCUCCUCCGGGCUGCUCCUGGUUGGCUUGGUCAAUGUAGUCUUUUCCUGGAGCUCCACAGUACCUGUAUUUGCUGCUCUUUGGUUCCUUAAUGGCCUGGCACAGGGGCUGGGCUGGCCCCCGUGUGGGAAGAUCCUACGGAAGUGGUUUGAGCCAUCUCAGUUUGGCACCUGGUGGGCCAUCUUGUCAACCAGCAUGAACCUGGCUGGAGGGCUGGGCCCAAUCCUGGCCACCAUCCUUGCCCAGAACUACAGCUGGCGCAGCACGCUGGCCCUGUCUGGGGCCCUGUGUGUGGCUGUCUCCUUCCUCUGCCUCCUCCUCAUCCACAACGAACCUGCUGAUGUUGGACUACGCAACUUGGACCCUACUCCCUCCAAGGGCAAGAAGGGUUCCUCCAAAGAGGACAGUACCCUGCGAGAGCUGCUGCUGUCCCCCUACCUGUGGGUGCUCUCCACAGGCUACCUGGUGGUGUUUGGCGUAAAGACGUGCUGCACAGACUGGGGCCAGUUCUUCCUUAUCCAGGAGCGAGGACAGUCCGCCCUCGUGGGUAGCUCCUACAUGAGUGCCCUGGAGGUUGGGGGUCUUGUGGGCAGCAUUGCAGCUGGCUACCUGUCAGACCGGGCCAUGGCAAAGGCGGGGCUGUCUGUCUAUGGGAACCCUCGCCAUGGCCUGCUGCUGUUCAUGAUGGCUGGCAUGACCGCGUCCAUGUACCUCUUCCGGGUAACGGUGACCAGUGACUCCCCGAAGGAAGAUGCUUUCUGGACUCCGGCUCUCCACCCUCUUGCUGAGCUCACAGGCUUUACGGAACACGAGAUCUGGAUCCUGGUACUGGGUGCUGUCUUUGGUUUCUCCUCUUAUGGGCCCAUUGCCUUGUUUGGAGUCAUAGCCAAUGAAAGCGCCCCUUCCAAUUUGUGUGGUACCUCUCAUGCCAUCGUGGGACUAAUGGCCAAUGUGGGUGGCUUUCUGGCCGGGCUGCCCUUCAGUACCAUCGCCAAACACUACAGUUGGAGCACAGCCUUCUGGGUGGCGGAAAUGAUCUGUGCAGCCAGUACAGCUGGUUUCUUCCUACUCCGAAACAUCCGCACCAAGAUGGGUCAAAUGCCCAAGAAGGCAGAGUGAAGAGUCCUGGCUCUGGAGCACCCUCUCCCCUGUGGUUACCCUGCACAGUCCGGGGUGCAGAAAGGGGGGCUGCCCCGGCUAGCGCUGAGCCUUUCACCUUUCACGUUCAUCUCUGUACCUUGUCCUUCACCCACGUGGCACUGGAAAUUAUCAGUGGCUAAUGAGGUGUCAUCUCUCCAUCCUGUGCUUUAUUUAAAAGACCUUUGUCUUUGGACUCCCAUUAGCUAAUUGGUUCAUUUCCAGAUGAACAGGAAAUUGGAUGUGCGUGUCCCCUUACCCUUCUGUGUCUCCUCAGCCUUGUCCUACCCCCAUCUCACCCAUCCCCAUCUGAGCCAAGGCUGGCCCUGCAGCUGCAGGGCACCAAUGACUUGUGACUUCCACUGUGCCCUGAGGCCUCUCCGCAGUGGGCAACAGCUUUUGCUAAUACCUGAGUCUUAGGGGAAGAGAGGAGGCCACCACUCUCACCAACACCCUGAGUACAGGAGGGGAACGAAUGGGAGGGUAAGACAAUUCGUUAAGGGAUUAAAGCUAGAUUUGAUAUAAAACAG